UAGAAACAGUUGCAUGCUAUGAAACGACGGUUUAAAUCCAAUUAUGGCAGAUCAAGAUAGAUCUAGUUCUAACUUAAAAUCAAACAUCGAUGUUGAUGACAAGAUUGAACUUCUCACUGAUGAAGUGACAGAUCUUAAAGAUGUUUCUGAUGAAAUCAAAGAAAGCUUAUCAAUUGAUAAGGAUGAAUUUAUAAUUGAAGAUACAGAAAAUAAGACAUUAGAGGUAAAUACUUUUCAAGAAGAGAAUGAGAAACUAGGUAAACCAGAAGAAAUGGAAAAUACAAUUGAAAUAGCAGAGGAAGUUGAACUAGAAGAAGUUGAUAAAUCAAAAAAAGAGGAUGUUGAUAAAACAGAGGAAGAUGAGAAAGAAAGUAGUACAAAUGAGGUAAAGGCUAAACUAGCAGAAGACAUGCAAAUUAUUCAGGCAACAGAAAGUGGAGAAAAUAUUCUGAAGGAAACAUCCCAAGAAGGAAAUUUUCAACCUCAACAUGAAGGAGAUGCUAAUAUGUUAGAGCAAGCUGCUGCACUGGAAAUAACAGAGGAAAGCAAUGGGGGAAUAGCAAUCAAGUUGCAGGAAGGGGAAGAUACCUUUCAAGAUGAUGAAGACAAAACUGAGAAAAGAGAUGAACUACUUGAAGCUCUUGAUAAUACAGAAAUGGAUGCAACAACAAUACAAGUAGAAGGCGACCAAGACAUAGCAGGAGAAGAAGAAGUGAUCACAGUGACAAGUAGAAAAAAAGAUGAGAAAGAAGAAGAGCUCAUUCCAAUAGAUUUCUACUACAAUUUUGAAGAAUUAUCAUCAAAAGCAACAGUAACUAAAGAAUCUGGGCUUCCUGAGAACAUAUUACAUUUGCAACAUUCAUAUGGUUAUGACUGUAAACGUAGAAACAAUCUUCAUCUUCUUGAUGAGAACCAUGUCAUUUUUGCUGCUGGAAACUUAAUCCAGAUUCUACAUUUGAAAAGUAAAGAACAGAGAUAUCUUCGUUCCAUCAGUGGUUCUGGGAUAGGAGCUAUUUGUGUUCAUCCUAGUCAUAAAUACUUUGCUGUUGGUGAGAAAGGCCAGUCUCCCAGUAUCAAUAUCUUUGAGUUUCCUUCAAUGAAACUUUAUAGAAUUUUAAGAGGUGGAACAGAACAGUCAUAUUCCUCCUUGACCUUCAGUCCUGAUGGUGAGCUUCUAGCAUCCCAAGGUGGGGAUCCAGAUUUUAUGUUAACUUUAUGGAAUUGGAAACAGGAAAAAACUACACUGAGGACUAAAUCAUUCUCACAAGAUGUAUUUAGAGUAUCAUUUGCCCCUGAACUUGAAGGACAGUUAACAACUGCUGGUACUGGACAUAUAAGAUUUUGGAAGAUGGCAGAUACAUUUACAGGGCUAAAACUUCAAGGAGAAUUGGGAAGAUUUGGUCGGACAGAAAUUUCUGACAUUGAAGGCUAUGUAGAGCUUCCAGAUGGAAAGGUUCUGUCAGGCGCUGAAUGGGGAAAUCUCUUGUUGUGGGAAGGGGGACUUAUCAAAGUGGAGAUAACCUGCAAAGGCAGAAAAAACUGUCAUCAAGGACCCAUCAUGCAAAUACUUCUGGAUGAAGGGGAGCUAAUGACUAUUGGUGUUGAUGGAUACAUUAAGGUUUGGGACUUUGAAACUAUUGACACUGCUGAUGUAACAGAUGACUCUGGUAUCUUUGAAAUGGAUCCUAUGAAUGAACUAAGAGUUGGAUCUGAUGUACAAUUAUAUUGUAUUGUGAAAUCUGUUGAUGAAGAGAAUGAACCCACAAUUUGGUAUGCACAGGAUGCUAAUGGUGGUAUCUGGAGACUGGAUUUAUCCUUCUCACAUACCUCUCAAGCUCCUGAAAAAUUGUUUACAUUCCAUGCUGGUCCUAUUUCUUCAUGUGUCACUUCCCCACUGACACAUCUUGUGGUAUCUACAGGCCUAGACAGCACUGUAAGAGUAUAUGAUUACAUUCAAAUGAAACAACUAGCAGAAGCGAAGUUUACCUUGGGAGGAACAGCUAUUAGCUGGGUUCCACUUUCGAUUGAUCCUAAAGGUGGUUCUGUUAUUGUUGGCUUUGAAGAUGGAGUUGUGAGAUCAUUAAAUAUCAUGAAAAAAUCAGAGGAAGAAAGUCUCAGACGUCAAGAUAAACAUGAAGCUGAAAUAUCUCUAAAGCAAGUCUUUAAACCUCACAGAGGCAAAGUAACAGCAAUGGCUUUUGAUGGGAAAGGAGAAAUUUUAGCAACUGGGAGUAUUGAUGGGACUGUAUUCUUUCUGUUUGUUGGAGAUGUCUAUGAGCCUAUUGGAUUUAUUCGAGUACCUGGAGCUGUGAGGCAGCUGGUUUGGACACCUGAGAAAUUUAAAAAGACAGCUUUGAUGGUAGUUUGUAAUGAUGGAGUCAUUGUAGAAGUAGAAGCUCCAGAACCAGGAAAUUUUGACACCACACAUUCUUAUGAGAUGAGUGGGCUUGCAAUGAAAACAUACAAGUUUAAAAGUAUUAAAUCUUAUUUAAGGCAUGAAGAAGAACUAGAGAGAGAGAGAAUUGAAGAGGAAGCUAGAAAGAAAAAAGAAGCUGAGGAAAAAAAGAAAAGAAUUGAAAGAGGUUUGGAAACUGAAUCAGAAAAUGGAGAUGUAGAUAUGAAGCCAAAGACUCCUCAGAAAGAGUGGCAUCCAUUCCUACCAAAAGAACCAAGUCAAAUUUUACAUGCCUCCUACUCUGAAGAGGGAAAGUUUUGGCUCUCAAUGGGUGACUUUGAUGCAGGCUACUUGUAUGAAUGUAAGUUUAGCUCCCCAGAGGAACAAGCUCACAUGAUGCCAGACAAUAUUGACAAACCAUUAAGGGCUAUUCCUGUAUUAGAAUCAGGAGACAUGCCCAUACAUGUUGUUCAUUUUAGUAACAAUGGACACUGGGCUUUGUUUGGCAUGGCGAAUGGGCAGAUAAGAAUUCAACAGCUUGAAGAACCUAGAGAUUUAUCUAUGCUUGGUCCACAAUGGACAUUAAGUAUGCAUGACAAUACAUAUGGAAAAAUAACUUCUAUUGUAACCAGCUUAGAUGGAAAUAUUGUACUAUCAAGUGGAGCUGAUGGUAACUUUUUUCAGUAUUUGUUCAUGUCACAAGAAGAACUGGAUGAAAAGAUUAAAGAAAAUAAAGCUAAACUUCCAUCUGCAAGAAGAACAGAAACUCAAGGGAAACCAGUGGAUGAUAUUGAUGAUCCUAAUGCUUACAGCAUUGAAGAUGCUAAGCAAAAAUCUGAAUAUGACAAACGGAUGAAAGAUGCUGAAUAUAAAAAGAAAGAAGUGAGGAAAAAAAUCAAUCUGAUGAGAAGACAGUUUCGAACAAUCAUUGAACAGAAUGAGAGUUUACCUAAACAUUUGCAGCUGAGCCGAAUGGAGUUUGAAAUGGACAGAGAAAUUAAACAAGAAUUAGAAAAACAAACUCAAGAAAAAAUUGAAAUGGUGAAAAAAGAACUGGCCUGGGAGUCAGAAAAGUUGAGACUUUCUUUAGAAAAACUGAGAAAAAGGUUUAAAGACUGUGUUGAAUGUGAAAGAAUUGUUGUUAAAGCUUUUACAACUCCUCAUCAAGUGGCUAGCUUUAGAGCUUCAAAACUUUCUGAUGAUUUUUAUCAACUAAAAGCAGAAUUUGAACGCAAAAAAACCCAAUUGACAACUAAAGAUGAUCCAUCUUUUGUCCUUUACAACGUUGACCAGACUGAUCAAGGAAAAUUGGAACAAGGGGAACAACCCAAACAAUCUGAUAUGAGUGAAGAUUCUUCAAUCAAAGUUGUGACAAGUUUAAAGGGAAGUGUAGGAGAAAGAGUUAUAAAUGCUCUACAAAAAAUAGAAGACAAAAAGAAAAAAAGAGCUUAUCGUAAAUCACAGUGGCAAGAUCUCUACUCCAGUCAACCAGAUGAUAAUUAUGAAGAUCCUAGAGAUGUGGCAGCAAUAAAAGAGGCUCAAGAAAACAUGGGUGACUAUAAGUUAAAGACUGCUGUUGAUUAUGUUGUUCCUGACCAUUUAAGAAUGAAUGUAGAGAAAGCUCAAACCAGACUCAUACUCAUCAAAGAUUUGAUCCAUGAAUACAAGUUUGAUUUCAAUGUAAGACUUUUAGCUUUGAGAGACAGGAAGAUUCAUUGCAUUCAUGAAAUGAAAGAUGUUGUUGAUCAGUUGAAAGAAAUUCAUUCAAAGCUUGAGCCAAGUCGACGUGUAGCCAUACCAGAGAUUCCAGAACUUAGCAUAGAAGAAAUGCCUGAAAAAGUGUUUGAAUAUGACCAAGAUAUUUUGUACAAGUUCAAAUCUGACUAUGAAAUGAAACAAAAACAUGUCAGCUCUGAAGGUGGUCAGACAUCUGCUGGAGGUUUUGGUUUUGGGUUUGGUGGAUCAUCAGCUCAAGACAAACAUACCAUAAAUGUAACAGCUCAAAGUUUCAAACCAGUUUCAAAAGCUAGUGCUAAAGCAGAAGAGUCUGACCUAAAUAAAUUAACAGGAGAGAAAGAAGAAGAAGAAGAUUUGACAUCAGAACUAGAGAAACAGAUACAGCGUAUUGAGCAGAUCAAAUUAGAAUAUGAACAAAAUCAGCUAAUUAAACUCUUUCACAAUUUGAUGUUAAAAUUUGAUGCUGAGUUGAGACUGCUUAGACAUGACAAGUUUAAACUGGAUGUGGUUAUGUUAGAUGCUGACCUCAGGCAAGUAACUCUAUUUGAAGAGUUGGUUUUAUUAAAAGAAUAUGAAAAACGAGAAGACAUAUUGGCUGAAAAAGUUGUCAUGAAACAACAAGAGAAAACAGAAAUGCAAACCAAAAUCUCUGAACUACAAGGUAAAAUAGACUUAAAAAAGAAAGACAUUGAAAAACUGCAAGAGAAAGAAAAAAAUUUGAUGUCCACAUUUACGCAAUCACUUGGAGAAAACAAUAAAUUUGCUGAGUAUUUGACCAAAGUAUUUAAAAAACGUGUUAAACGUACUAAGAAAAAAGCAACAGAUGGUGCAGAUUCAGAAGAAGAUUCUGAUGAUGAAUCAAGUGAUGAUUCUGAGUGGGAGGAGAGUGAUGAAGAAUCUGAGUCUGAAGUUGGAGGUUAUGAUCUUGAUGUCUGUCCUCCAGGUUGUGACCAAAAACUUUAUGAUGAUACUUGUACUCUGCGAGACAAACGUUUGGACAUUGAGGAUGAUUUUAUGGAAGAAAAGAAAAAUUUAGAUGGACAAAAGAAAGAGCAAGAUGGUUUACAGAAAAAAGCUAAGGUCAUUGAAUCUCAACUGAAGUCAGCACAAGAUGAUCUUGAAGCUUUUCAGCUUGAGAAACAAAGAAAACUGAAUGAAUUGAUAGUUGUUUCAACACUGAGAUUUCAUCAAAUCCAAUAUAUUACCAAUGGUAUUUUGCCUUAUGACCUGAGUCCAGCUUUAGUUUUUGAAUCAGAGAGACUUGUGCAGUUACAGCACAGAAUUAAGGAACUGGAACAUGAAAAAUUAUUACAAAAAAGACAGAUGAGAGAAUCUCGCAAACAGCAUGUGCAACUAAUAAAGGACAGAAAAAUGUUUGAUGCCAAAAUUUCUGAGAUGGAGGAGAUUUGUUCCAAAAUGAUGCUUGACAAAUUUGGACGUGCAGUGGACAUGGAAAAACUAGAAACACUAACAGUCAAUAGAGCCAUAGAGGAACUGAAGGAGAAGUUAAGACAAACAGAGUUGGAUUGUGGAGAGGAACAAAACAAAUUUAAUAAAGAGAUUGCUGAUAAAAAAGACAGAGUUACAGCGUUGAUUAAAGACAAUACAGCAAAACUGACUCAGUUAGCCAUGCUGAUUAUUGAAAAAAAUAGAUAUACACAAUCUUUGGAUAACCGGCAGAAAAAACUUGGUGGAGAUCUAACUGGUCCUCGUCAAACAGACAUUAAAGAGAAGCAAAGAUUGAUUCAAUUAGUUCAGCUUCAGGCACAAGAAAUAGAAGCUCUGAAAGAAGAAAUCAUGUUACUCUCCAGAAAAGGUGGACAUAUUCUGCCUCCAACACAACCUCCUUCAUCACAAAAACCAUUCAAUACUCUUCCCAGAAUUUGAUUUGAUCUGUUUUUAUUUAUUUGUCUUAAACAGUUUGUGAAGUAAAAUAUCACAAAAAUAUUAUAAUUUAUUAUUUGACAAUAUUAUCACCAGUAUGUGAUUGAAAUGAUACAGUUAUAAUGUUAGUUACACAAAAAAACACGUUUAUAAUAUGUUAUAUUUCCAUACAACAUUUUUGCUGUAUAUUAUAGUUUGAAUAAGUUUGAAAACUUGUUUAUACAUAGUUUAAAAAUGUUUUCAACAAAUUUAAUAUUUAUAACUAUUUAUAAUAUAAGAGUGCUUAAUGUUUCUUUUCAAUGUACUGUUACAAUUUACAUUUUAUGUUUAUUUAUUUCUAUGUUGAUUCUGAACUAUUAUACAUGACCAAAAAUUAACUUUAGGUGUUAAGAGAAAACUAUGUUUUAAAGAGUUUCCAAAUGAUAGUGCUAUUAGAUAGCUUUAAUUUUAAUGAUUACAAAUGAUAAAGUGGACAUUAAGACUAUCCAUGCAGUGGUUGAUAAGUAACUUGACCAGACUAUUGUCAUACUCAUUCCCCAUCCUUUGCCCAUGAUGGCUCUUGCUGCAUUGGUUGGAUAGGUCAGUGGUAAGAUUAGAGAAAUGUGCUUCAUCCACUGGGGCAUAGCUUCUAUGGGCCAAAUGAUACCUACAGAAAGAAAUACUUCCUUAUUUACAUUAUUACAAUGCAAUGUAAAACAAAAAUAAAAAUUCAAAAUUUAAAAAACAGUU